CUAGGUAUUUAUUACAAUAUCAGGAGCCAAUUCCUUGUGAGCAGUUGGUUACUGCACUGUGUGAUAUCAAACAAGCUUAUACACAGUUUGGAGGAAAACGUCCCUUUGGUGUUUCGUUGCUGUACAUUGGCUGGGAUAAGCACUAUGGUUUCCAACUCUAUCAAAGUGAUCCUAGUGGAAAUUAUGGGGGAUGGAAAGCCACCUGCAUUGGAAAUAAUAGCGCUGCAGCUGUGUCAAUGUUGAAACAAGACUACAAAGAAGGAGAAAUGACCUUGAAGUCAGCACUUGCUUUAGCUAUCAAAGUGCUAAAUAAGACCAUGGAUGUUAGUAAACUGUCUGCUGAAAAAGUGGAAAUUGCCACACUUACAAGAGAGAAUGGAAAGACGGUGAUCAGAGUUCUCAAACAAAAGGAAGUGGAGCAGUUGAUCAAAAAACAUGAGGAAGAAGAAGCUAAAGCUGAGCGUGAGAAGAAAGAAAAAGAACAGAAAGAAAAGGACAAAUAGAACCAGGGAUUUUAUAACCCAUUUGGGGCACCAUUUCAGUGUAAAGGCUGUUCUACUCUUCCACCUGAGAAGGCUUUUUCAAAAACUUGUGCAGGUGGGGAAAUAGGACAUUCCAUACUGAAUUGGGUCUUUGUCAUUUCUGCUCAAUUGAAUACUUUGUUGUAAUGAUGAUUAUUCUUUAUGGACAUCUUAAAUUUCACACUUUUUUUUGGAAUAAAACUUGAAAAGAACGGAGAUGGUGAAGGA